CGGAAGUCCCGCCUUCCCCCGGAGCCUGUUCCGGAAGUGGCGCUGGUUGUAGCGGGUGUGAUGGCUUCAAGGUUACUUCGCGGAGCUGGAGCGCUGGCCGCGCAGGCCCUGAGGGCCCGCUGCCCUAGCGGGGUGGCUGCCGUCCGUUCCAUGGCUUCCGGAGGCGGUAUCCCCACUGAUGAAGAGCAGGCGACCGGCCUGGAGAGGAAGGUCAUGCUGGCGGCCCAGAAGGGACUGGAUCCGUACAAUAUACUAGCCCCAAAGGGGGCUUCGGGCACCAAGGAAGACCCUAACUUAGUCCCGUCCAUCACCAACAAACGAAUCGUGGGCUGCAUCUGUGAAGAGGACAACAGCGCUGUCGUCUGGUUCUGGCUGCACAAAGGCGAGGCUCAGCGGUGCCCGAGCUGUGGAGCCCAUUACAAGCUGGUGCCCUACGAGCUGCCCCACUGAGCCCCACGGACUCCCCCGGAAUAUGCUGUAAAAUCUCUUUCCAAUAAAGACGAGCUGGGCUUCAGCUCCUUCCCUCGGUG